GAACAAAAGCAUGUCUCUUCUCUGGGAAGUAACCUCUAUUUUCGUGUAAAUUCUUUUUUACUGAACCCCAACAUGGUCUCCUUGUCACGUAGUUGCAAACUAAGAACGUGAUAUCAAUGGAAAAGGGGCUAUCAUCAGUCCCUCUCGGGGGAUUGCUCAGAUGACUAACUGUUACCUACUGCUGUUAUUUGCCAUCGUAUCAUUAUCCAAAAUAAAGUCUGCUGCGCGGUCGAAUUAUAGCAGGAAUUAGUAGCAAAAGCGAAGUACUUUCUCAGCUAAGAGAUAAAGAAGACUCAUAUACAGUGCAAUUAAAGGAUGGAACAUCACCAUGGCCCUAGGGCACGAAACCCCCUCUUUCACAAAAAUGGGCCUUGGGUCCAUAUAACAGUUGAGUACGCCACCAGCACUGCUAACUUUUGUCCCCUCUCACUUUCAAAUUCGUUCUUACGGGCCCGCAUGACAACUGAAGACAGCAUAUCUGGGAAAAAAAGGCGGCCAGAAAACUGCUUCGAUUUGAAAGUUUGGCUGAACUUGGUAAUUUGUAUUGCGCGUCACACAGAAAAACAGGAACACGUUGAUUUGGCCAAUUGAUUGAAUUGAUUGUUUGGUGAAUCAUAAUAAAAACUUAUCUUCUCGGAGAAAUGGUAUUCUUUCGUUGUUUUCACUUUAUUUGUAGUUAAACUUUAAUUUGAAUAAUUAUUAUAGGUAAGUGCAUCAAUCUUAGCCAUCGGUAGCGGUUCCGGCAAACUGAGAAAGUUUUACCUCGAAUUAUGGAUUGCUUUACCACCCUAUCUAAUUCAGUUUACUUUAACAAAGAGAAGAAGAAGAACAACAGUCAACAAGCUGUAAACUAAUCGAACAACAGAUAGAGGUGCUAUCAUUUGUACAAGUUGCUGUUUUGGGGGAAAGUAUAUAUACACUCUCUAUAUAUAUAAUAUAUACGAUAUAUAUAUAUAGUUUUACCUGGAUUUUUGAACUUGGUUUAGCAAAAAAUCAACUCACUCUACUACUUGGCAAUUUAAAACAAUGAAAAAUCAUUAAAAGGCCGAUUAAAAGCCUUUAUCUGACGCCGAGCAGUAAGUCAGUAGUGGUCCCUAGAAGUAUUUCAACGAGUCACAAUUUUAAUGAUGUCAAGUGAUUUCUGCACCGUUCUUUGAAGUUUAAUAGUCGGUUGCAGGCAAUUACCUUCAAGAGGGCAUUCCGGUUUCUUGACGGUAAUUGCCUCAGACAAAACUUGAUUUACCAAGCGACUGUAACGGCUGGAACAACAACAGAAUCAUACAUUGGACUCAGUAGCCACUAACUUCAAAGAACAGUACAGAAAUCACUUGACAUCCUUCCGACACGAAGAAGAAACGAGACGGAACUGUCCAAACAGGUGUGGACCCUCAAAGAUGCCAACAGAUCCUUUCACGUGCAGGGGAAAGUACUCAGGAAUUGUAAACCAUAUGACAAGGCUAGCAAAAAUUGUAAUCUGUGCCUCCAAGAAAAAAUUUUUUAUCAUUUGUAAAAAACACUUAUGUACUCUGAACAAAAGAAACGAAUUAGCAAGUUCAUGCCCAUACAGAAAUAGAUUCACUCGCAGAAAUUUUAGAAUAACGUAACGCAACGCAACGAAACCGCACGGAUCCCGAAAAACCCAUUGGGGAACCUCUAUACCUCCGUGUCGACUUUGUGUUUAUUUACAAACGUUUUAAUCUCUCUCCGUCUGCCUCUUUACCAGCCGCUCGCAAUCGCAUAUUCAGAGACUUUUUAAAAUUGGCUUCCCAGUACAGAACGGACUUUAACUUCUCAAAGUUCCUUCCUCACUAAGCCUUGAAUUUUGGAAAAUUAUUACUUCAAUUUAUAAAACUGCUUUUCUGCUGAAGAUAAUAGAAGUAAGACAAGCUGCGAAACACGCACUUAGGAAACUUUUUCCGUUUAUCGACUUAGCUAACGUUUCAGAAAUGUGCAUUGCAUCCCUGACCGACAAGCCAGUAGUAAAAAACAAAUUCCAGACAUCAUCGUCAUUGUGAUAUUAGAUUUCAAAUGUGACCCUACGUUCUCUCCUUCUAUCAGCGGUAAGGAGAAAUCUAGACUCUUCAUCGGCCCCGGUUGUUCAAAAGGUAGAUAGAGCUAUUAUUAGUUAUCCACUGAAUACUCUGUAUCAAGUGGAUAACGCAGUUGGUUGGAUUAACACGUGAUUCACUGGCGAGAGAUAAUGGAUAGCCGCUCCCCACUAAACUUGUCAACGACUGGGGCCAGUCUACAAAAGCACUUGUUCUAAGAUGAUUAAAAAUUUCCAUCGUUAUAACACGAACCACCCCGUUGAUAAUUUAUGUGAGUACGUACUGGAUCAAGAGCCUGCUUUUUGAAUAACGAAAUUCCCCAGUUUUGCUGACAUAUUACCCACUUUCUACGAAAGAUUAUCACUCCUUCGAUGAAUUGGGGCGGUUCAUCAAAGGACGGUAUGUUAUGUAUGAGUACCGGGUUUAGUACGUACCUUGCAUUUGAAUAACGAAACUCCCUUAAAUCGAUGAAUUGCGGUGGUUCAUCAAAGGACAGCUUUCAAGGGUUUAAAAUACCUCGUAUUGAUCAGAGUAUCGCGAUCAAGAGAUCAAGAGCUUUAACUAUUCUCCUGCAUCAAUGAUAAAUAUUGUAGAAGAAUACAUCCACCUGGAUUUGAACAAGUUGAAAUUCUAAGACAGAUCUACCAAGUUUCAGAAGUUUACGCUCGUCGACUGACAACACUGAGCUCAGAGGUGACAGACUGAACAGCUUGAAUAGGUAGGUUAAAGAUUGUUCAGAAAUCGACUGUAAGCUUUCGUGCACUCCUUAAACUUAAAGAUUCAUUCAUUCAUUCAUUUUUGCCAUUAACCACACAUAAAUAUAACAAUAUACAAGAAAUUUAUAAUACAUUAAAGAUAAUAUACACUAUUCUAACGAAAUUAUUUACAAAAUUAAAGUUUUAAAGUGGUAAUGACAAGGAAGCCUAAAUACAAGCCGGAGGCUUAUAUACUAUAUUCUUCCUGCAACUAUAGGGUAAACCAUGGGAGUUUAAGGGUGCUGAAUGAAAAAUGGAUUAAUUUUUAAAAGAAAAGGUAUGUAGCUCAAAUAAAUAUAUUUUUCUGAGAAAGAAGGCCUAAAAACGGAGCUCUAAUGGAAAAAACAGCAAACGCCAACCGUAACAUUUUCCUGCUAAUUCCAGUUGAGUUCCCCGUUUUCUGAGAUCGUCUGGAUCGUGGCGUCAAAACUUCCUAGAAAUACGAUGGUUGUAUCCAACAUGUUAAAGCCUCGUUAUUAAGGGGAAAACAUGUCUCGGUAAAAAAGGAUCACCCGCUUAUCUGAGCUACCUUGGGCGAGCCAACUUUUUAUACAUUUCAUUUCAUUACAAAACGUGGUGUACCGUUAACAUGAGAAACAGAAACUUGGCUUGGCUAAAAGGAUGACCCGCCUUGCCGGAUCACUCUUUUAGAGCGGUAGGGUCACCCUCCUAGCCGGGUCAACUUUUCUCCAUACAGCAAUUUUGAGAGAGGUUGUCGGAAAAAGUACACGCGACGAUCCCGAAAGGUAUAUUGUGGGUGGUUUUGAGUUCACUGUUGUUCAAAAAAAUUUGGAAGAAUGGCACGAGAGGCUAUAGACGUAUGUUUUCUAAUGCUAAAGGAAAGCAACAAUGGAAGAGUCGACAGCUACAGGGUCAAGAACAGCGUAUUGAUCAUAUCCCAAAUUACCGUUCGAAAUAGCUGUAUUGACACGUUGGCUCGCCCAGCUGGGUCGACUCUGUCAAGGCGAGAAAAUCAUGCAGAGCAUGCGUGAAAACCUUACCCUCAUAUAAACGCUCGCUGAAGUUGACUAGACUGGGACUGUGACCCUCUCCUUCACAUACCGUAAAACGGGGUCUAAGUAACCCCAAAUUCAAUUGUUGGAAAUGUAGUACCACAACACUAUUCACUCACUUCAGAUUGUUUAAUUAAAAGUCACAGUAAAAAAGUCACACCCGUAACCGUCCCGAAAGCUGCUCUAGUCUCAAGUGAAGCGAAGAAUCUAUAUAUUGAAUACAUAUACUGUUGAAAAAUCUAAAGUUACCAAUCAUUUUGACUGACGUCUUUGGUACUUGAUUAUCUCCAAAAUAGCUAAAUGAUCGAUAUGAUAAAAUUGUCAAGUACUAAAAUUGUCACACUCGUAAUAUUUCUAACAUUCUCCCCCCAUUUGUCCCGAAGAGAGCAAAUGUUCGUCGAUAAAUGAAGUUAUUCUCUAAAAAACAACGAAACUAAAAUGAUUGUAUAAAAGUUCUGACUAAAAACGUUCACUUAAUUGAUAACAGCCCUAGUGGCAAGUUCUCAGAUUAACAAGGUGAUCAUUCAAAGUCUUCUUCAGCAUAAUAACUUACCGUCCGCAUUUCAAAAUACUUUAUCAGACCCUAUCAUCCUUCCAAAUGGUACCAAAUUAAAUUCGCUUUUAUAUGCUGAUGAUUUAAUUAUUAUAUCACGAUCUAAAAUCGGAUUGCAGAACUGUCUCAACACAUUAUCCUCUUUUUGCAACUCUUGGAUGUUAGAUAUAAAUUCCAAAAAGACCAAAGUUAUGGUCUUUCAAAAACGAGCGAAGAAAAACUCCAAUCUAGAAUUCCAUAUAGGUAAAGAAACCAUUGAUACUGUCCAUGAAUAUACAUAUUUAGGAACCCGUAUCUCCUCAACCGGUAAUUUUAAUAUCUCCCUCGAACACCUGAAGGAGAAGGCUCUUCAUGCUCUUUUUAGUUUAAGAAAACACACAAACUUUAGCAAAUUAAAACCUUCUCUUGCUUGCAAAAUAUUUGAAACGAUGAUUUCCCCGAUAUUAUCAUAUAAUAGCGAAAUUUGGGGUGUAUAUGUAAAACAUGAUUUUAAAGCUUGGGACAAUACCCCAAUUGAAAAAACCCACUUGAAAUUUUGCAAGCGUUACCUAGAAAUAAGCAAUAAAGCUUCAAAUGUUGCAAGUAGAAGUGAAUUGGGACGGUUCCCAUUAAUUAUUAAUAUUUAUAAAAACAUCCUUUAUUAAUUACAUAUUGUAUCUUCUGCGUAAAAACGAGGAUACUAUUGUUAAACAAGCCUUUCGUACUUCGCUAGAACUUCACUGUAAUGGUAAAAAUAGCUUUUACAAUAAUCUUAUGAAAAUAUCUGAAUAUUAUGACCUCCCUGAUUUUGAUCCUAAUAAUUUAAAUGAAGCUAAGAUCAAACACUAUAUAGAUAUAAUAAAACAAAAAUAUAUUGCAUAUUGGCAACAUACAAUCCAUCAUUCUAAGAAACUACAAUUUUACAGCUUAUUUAAACAUGAUUAUAAAAUUUCAAGUUAUCUAGACUUAAUUAGAAAUUCUGCGAAUAGGAAAGAUUUAGUGAAAAUUCGUAUAAGUAACCACAAACUCAUGAUUGAAACUGGAAGAUAUAAUCAAACUUCCCGCAACGAUAGACUCUGUCCUAUUUGUAACUCUGGUAUAAUUGAAGACGAAUUUCAUUUUCUCUUCCAUUGUCCAAAAUACUCAAUCCCAAGGGAGAAAUUCUACGAUCAAAUCCAACAAAAUUUUGUCGAUUUUGAUCAGCUAUCUUACACAGAAUUAAUAAUUAAAUUGAUGAAUUCACAGAAUUUUUCCGUAAAUUCACAUUUGUUGAAAUUUGUCUCAUUAUGUAAUGAUUUACGUAAUAAUUUGUUAUCAAGUCAUGCUGAUGACACUUGAUUGACUACAGUCAUCAUUGCAUUAUCAUUGUUAUGAUUUGUUUGUUUGUUUGUUUGUUUGUUUGUUUUUAUAUUAAAGCUUUUGCAAUACUGUAACUAUAUAAUUAUAGUCAUGCAAAUAAAGCUUAUGUUGUUGUUGUUGUUGUUGUUGUUGUUGUUGCAUCGGCAACCACAGCCGCAAUACGGUCUCUGGCUUCUUGCGCAGCACGCCUUGUCUGUUUUGGGGUAAAUGCUUCGGCGUCAGGGUUCAGCUGGCUCUUGGAUCUCCCUGUAUCCCGAUCACAUGCCAACUCGAGGGGGUACAGCUGUUGUAAAGCUCGCUCGAGGUACGAGUUCCCGGCUGGCAGCUUUGCCGCCCUUACAACUCCAUCACGGCCAACUAUGAGUUCGUAAACAAUCCCCAUCUUCCAUUUUCCUCGGUUCCUCUCGUCUUCUUUGAUCAGCAUCACGUCACCGACAGCUGUGGUAGUAGGUGCACCUGAGUGUUUAAGGAGAUGUCGCUCACAAAGUCCCUUUAAGUACUCAUCGAUCCAACGCUUCCACAUCACAUCCUUGCAGCGUUUGAGGUACCUGGCACGUUUUCGCAAGUCUGGGGUUUCUAAAUGAUGACACUCCAGCUCAGGCAGUAGAUUGGGUUGUCCGAAAAGCAAUGAAUUUGAUGUUAAUACUGGAAGUUGAAGGUCGUCCUCAACAUAGCUCAGCGGACGGUUGUUCAGCGUCACUUCUACGUCAAGUAUAACAUCCUGUAGUUCUGCCCACGUCAGCAUUCCUGAACCGAUGGAUCUUGUGAAGUGCUCUUUUAACCAGUCCUAUUAACCGCUCGAAUUGACCACCCCACCAGGGAGCUCUACUUAAAUUGAACUUCCCCUUGAUCCCGUUAUGCGCCAGGUAGUCGUGAAACGUCUCGUCGCUCAUGAUGGUCUUCAGUAGCCUAGCUGCACCGACGAAAGUUCUCCCAUUGUUAGAAUAGAAAGUCUCUGGGCGCCCUCGACGUGCUAUAAACCUCUUUAAACUGCUCAUGAAUUCUUUGGUCUCCAUGUUUGGUAACAACUCUAGAUAGAUCCCUUGGGUUAGGCUACAUGCGUAGAGCACGAUGUACGCCUUGGCUUCGUUGUUCUUUCCCUUCCGAUACUUCAAAGGCCCGGCGAAGUCAACACCAACCACUUGAAACGCUGCCGUUCUUUAAGCCCCAAGAUCUACAUACAGAUUCUCUACACUGAUGUCCAUACAUUUCUUUUAAGAAUAGUGGAGAGAAUUUGGUUGAAGAUCAAAGUAUUCUCCCUUUGGUAAUCAAUUUAGUAAUUCUCAUAACCUUUACGCGAUGAUCUGCUGAUGUUGUCGGGAGAAAAUUUAUGUUGGUCACUCUUGGGACCUAAAAGAUUAAAAAAAAACGUCCCGAGGAGAGACGGCCGUAUUCGCAGGCUAGCUAAGUUCGAAAUGUCAGCUUUUGAAUCUUUUUUUUUUUUGUCGGUGAUAAAUUUAUUUUGAUAGCUCAGUUAAUACUGAAAAUCAAAUUUUGUGUUUGACUCCCCACCGACACCGCGCCACAGUUCCUUUUGAUGCAACUAAGGGCGCGUUCCGCUGGAAUGGCCGGGAACAGGCUCAGUAAUCGGAUCGAUCGGAUUAUAGCACAUCAAAGGAGACGAUAAAUUAAUCCUUUUGAAAGACUUUCAUUGGUUCAUUUGAUUUACCAUGAUCCGAGUAACCUCGGAUCACUGAUUCUAAUCCGAAUCAUCCCAAAGGAACGCAUCCUAAACCCUUCGUGACAAUAUUUGGGCGCCACUUUUUGAGUUUAAAACCGGUCGUGACUUGCUGGUAUGCUUUUUUCCGCGCUUUUCGCCGAGGACACGUCCUUGGUUUAAUAUCUGAUUGGUUCAUUUGAUUAUCUUCUGUAACUGUGAUUGGCGAGACAAAGUUCAGUCGAAGCGUCCCUAACAGGCCCGACACCCGCGGGCCUACGGUAAUGUUCUCUUGAAUGAAGAGUUCAAGCGGCCGUAAGUGGAGUGGCCAUAAAGCGAUUAGUUUCGACCGAAAUCUGGUUUUGAUUUUAAGAUAUUCGAUUGAAAAAUGCUCUUUCUUCCUAGCUUUGUUCUUGUUUUUGUUGAAUAUGUUUUGACGAAAUGAAUGUUGCUGUGAUUUGCAGUUUUCAAUGGAGAAUUAUCGCGGUUUGAUACAGGACAUGAGUCCACAGGACCGAGAGGUUAGUCGGCCAAAACAGUUUUUUUUGUUGUUGUGUCAAAUAAUAAUAUUAGUGUGUGUAACUGAAAUGGUGACAAGUGAAAUUAUAAGAAUUUUGACAAAAUGCAGGUGUAUCACCUUUUUAUGUCAUGGGUGACAAUAACGCUUAUCGUGAGUUUUCACUUGUUCGUAUCGAAAACUCCAAGUACUGAAAAGUUUAAAACAUACAUUAAAUAUCCAAAAUUUUCAGAAUUUUUUACUAAAAUACUCGCUAGAAUCCUUGUUGAUAAAAUGUGUGCUCUUUGGUGUGUUUAGGUACUCCUUAUUGUCUUUAAAUGCCCUGACAUCUUCAUUCGUGCUAUCUUUAAACCUUGACGCCAUCUGGUACAAACGUAACAUUGUCUUAGCAAUUUUGCCGUAAUUUCACAUGUGGAUUCAACGCUGAAAUUUUGCGCAAGAAUUCAGGAGCAAUUUUUCACCCAUGAUUUUAUUUUCACUAUCAUACGCUUGUUCCCUUUUCAGAUUUUUAAUUUUGACGUGGAAAAAAAUUGAGUGGGAAAACUAUCUUAAGCGUUUUACCAUCGGCCUUAAGACAUUUCUGUUGAAAGAAGAUCUGGCUAAUCUUCCAGUGGCACAUAGUCGGAUCCGCAAGUAAGUGGUCAAAUAACUGUUACCUUUCGUUUCGCAAGGGAGUGGUUCCAGAAAGUAUGCAUUCAUUCUUACUUUCUGCAUAGGGCCAGUAAAGGUGGAUUUUCACCGUCGCGUAAUUUUUACGUGCGUACAUGUUACGCGUGUAAAUAAAAUAGAGGCAAUGUACGGAAUGUCCCGCGUAAACGUAAGAGUUGAACUUCGCUCAAGUUUACACUCGGUUUUUCAUACAUUGCCUUUAUUUUAUUUACAAGAAAUCCUCUCUUAUUCUAGAUAUAGCGCGUACUCAUAACGGCUUUUCUGAUCACGACUGUCAUUAAAUCCAGAAACAUUCGUCCCCUUUGCUGGCUAAACGAUAGUGACGUCAAAUUUUACUUACAUGAUUUAUCUGACAAAAAACGUGAUCUAAUCUGCGCAUAAAGUCAAGAACUGCUUAUAUGAGCAAAGAGCACUCUUUUACUAAAGCACUUUUCCUAUGUUGUUUUCCAGACUGCGUAACAUUCGUUGGACGAUGUACUUUUGUUUGUUUCGGUUCGUUUCGUGGCUCAUAAUUAAAAGGUUCCCAGCCGCACAGACCACUUGGACCCAGUGCUUAUCUGGUGUCCACAAGCUGGCCCGGGCCCUGGAGCCAUUCAAGCUGUCCAACUAGAAGCCUUGACUUUUGAGGUCUUCCUAGGGGUGGGCUCCAAAAGGUCCGGUGUGGUAUUACACACGAAACUAUUUUUGUGUAAGUAAUGAAAACAGAGAUAAAUUUCGUGGCACAUUAUCAAGGAGUUCCCAGCUGUACAGACCGUUUGGUUCCGGUGCUUAUUUGUUGUGCCUAGGCUGGCCCUGGUACUUGAACCUUUAAUGGUGUCCAACUAGAGGCCAUUUGCCACGAACUAUCAAGGACCUUUCAGGGGUGAAAAGAGUGAUAUUGGUCAGAAUUUGAAAAACAGUAAUCAUAAAUUACUUUAGAAAGUUAAUUAAGAAAACUAUCAGCAAAUCUCAUGAUGAAUAAGAAAUGAAAAGUAGGUUUAGGUUGAUCAGAACGUGUCGCUCACAAUCAACUUACGUCAUAUCUACUUUCGAGAGGCCGUUUAUCAUCCAAACAAAGCGGAAAUAAACAGUGGCAUUCAACGGAAACAUCUGUCAUUCAAACAACUGACGAAAUCCUAAAUGCCAUUGACAAAAAGAAACUGACUGCAGUUGUCCUUCUUGAUCUAAGCAAAGCUUUCGACAGUAUUGACCAUCAAAUACUCCUCGCUAAGUUACAGGACAUUGGUGCGUCCAGACCUGCGAUAAAAUGGCUCGGAAGCUAUUUAACCUCGCGAUACCAAUUUGUGCGAAUAAAUACAACUCUGUCGACCAAACUACCUGUUAGCUCUGGCGUUCCACAAGGGAGCAUCCUUGGCCCAUUACUCUUUAACAUCUACGUUAAUGAUCUCCCUUCUGUGCCAGAAAAUUGUACAUCGCAGUGUUACGUCGACGAUACCAAACUUCUCAAAUCAUUUCAACUCCGCGAUCAGCACGAAACGAUAGAAAAAAUGAACAAGGACUUGUUAAGCAUUAGGAAUUGGUACUUUGAUAAUCAGCUUUUACUCAACCCAGAUAAAACAAAACUAGUGAUAUUCGGCAGCCGGCAAAUGACUGCUAAGGUUAGCGACUUUAGGCUAUUUCUAUUGGGGAAGGAACUCGAGCCCGUUAAGGCUGCAAGAGACCUUGGUGUCACACUGGACUCUAACUUAACAUAUAGUGAGCAUAUUGUUUCUACUGUAUCCUCAUGCAUGUCACGUUUGGGCCAAAUUAACCGCGUUAAGCAUAUUUUUAAUAAACACGCGCUAAUUAUUAUUAUACAUGCCUUAGUAUUUAGUAAAUUAUUCUAUUGCUCUUCUGUUUGGAGCAAUACUACUCAAACUAAUCUGGACAAGCUCCAAGCAGUACAGAAUUUCGCUUCUCGUAUUUUUUGAGCGGCGCUAAAAAUUCGAUCACAUAACUCCUUUGCUAAAAGACUUGCGCUGGCUACCAAUCAGGCAACAACUUUAUUUUCGUUUUGCUGUUCUGGUUUUAAGUGCAUGACGAGUUGUGCUCCGGAGUAUUUGACAUCAAAGCUCGUUGGAAGAUCCGCCGUCUCGACAAGGAAUACGAGAAAUUCUCAACUUUUGAACAUACCACUCUUCCGCACUGCCAGCGGCCAAAGGACCUUUCAAUAUAGAGCAACCUCUCUCUGGAAUGAGUUGCAGCCUGCGCUCAAACUUAGCCCAUCCGUGACGGAAUUCAAGUGUUUACUCAGGCAAAAGCUUCUUAAUGACUGCUUUAUUUAAUUAAUUUAAUUAAUUUUAUUGACCUUUGUCUUCUUUUAUCAUUGUUAUAUUCUUAUUGUAAUGUACUUGGUUUAUAAUUUUGUAAUGUAAAAUUGACUCUGAAAAGCCCCGUGGGGACGAGCCAAUAAAGUAUGUAUGUAUGUAUGUAUCAGUUAUAGUAGUUUGUCAGAUUGUUUAUUUAUCGUUGUAAAAACACUAAAAUCAUUCAUACCAAGAGAUCAUAAUUGGACCAAUCAUAAUCUGUUGUUUAUACUCUGAACGUGAAAGCAUGCUUAUGAUAAUUGCCCUUAGAAUACAAGGAUAAUUUAGCUUGAAAAGUAGGGAUAACAAAGAAAAUCAGGUUACUGUAUGUCUUGACAUUGAACAUUUUGGAAGUUUGCAGUGGUGCACUUGCAACAUUUAAAUCGAUAUUUUUUAUAACUGAAUGAAAAGAAACAUGUUGUAAUCAUAAACAAUGAAUAAUUAUUAAGGGGCAUGUCCUUGGGAUUUCCUUACUAGUUAGAAAAUUGAAAAAAAUAGCAGAUUAAUGGAACGAAAAGGUAAAGAACAUGUCCUCCUCCCUUUCAAAUAUCCUUCGCGCGUUGCUGUUUGCAAAGUUCCUUCAAUUUCUUUAUUUGCUUAUUGCAAACUUUUAUGACUGAUUCUCCGCUUAUUUGCCCGUCUAUUUUAACUCUUGGCCCUUUAGGUAACCAGCAUGUAACUUAAAAUAUCUCUUCUUAAUGUAAUGUAAAGGUUAUGAGGACAAAGGAUGAUAUCCAAAGUAAAAAAGGUCUUGGUCGUUAAAAGAAAAGAAAGAAAAAUUUCCGUAGAAAAUUUAUUGAACACGGUUUGGAGUAAGUGCAUGCCGCGAUAAGUGUUUAUACGAUUACGGGGGAAUUAACAUUAGUUUAAUCUUUUUUGAAAUGUUUUGUAUGUCUUUAGUUUAUACGAUAUCCUUUUACCUACCGUACUGUUAUUCCGCAUUUUAUGAUCAGAUCAUUUCAUAAGAUAGUAACUUUAAUAUAUAAACACCAAAAAAGUAGACCGUGCUGCAUAGAAGAAAGUUUCUUGUAAGAAGACAUAAUUGCGGUCAUCAUUGUUUAAGAUUAGGUUAACAAAUAAUAAACAUGUAAACGGCAGAAUUGUAAUUCUGGUGAGUGAAUGAUGGUUUUGGGUUGAUGUUUGUUUGUUUUUUCGUUUGGUCUGUUUGUUUGUUUGUUUGUUUUUUUCAUCAGAUUGCUCGCUUUUGUUAUAGACGCGCACUUCCUCGGAGGAUACCGAAAAUACGAAAAUAGCCAAACAGGGAUUAAUUAGGCUUACCACGGGUAGCCCGAGCUCGAAAUAUGAGCAUCGGCGAGCAUUGGCAUUGUUGCAUAGCAUUCUGUAUAAGGAAUUAUAUGGGGAAAAAACCUAUCGUUUCUGUAGCCUACGAAGAUGAAAGGAUUUCAACAAAAAACAGCUUACCUUACAUAAAAUGUGUGUUACAUCUCUCCUGUGUUGUCCAUGGGCCAAUUAAUGUCCGUUUUAGGGGUUGGACUGUAAACGGAUUUCUCUGUAUAUUUAUAAACCGUUUACAGUACAACCUAUAAAUCGGCCCAUGGACCACACAGGAGAGAUGAAACACACACUUUAUGUAAGGUAAGCUGUUUUUUAUUGAAAUCCUUUCGUUUUCGUAGGUUUCAGAAACGAUAGGUUUUUCUCCAUACAAAUCCUUAUAUUUAGAAUGUUAUGCAACAAUGCCGAUGCUUGGGCUACCUGUUAGUCUGCUACACAGCCGUUUUUAGAGUCGUCACGCAACGCUCCUCCCCACAAUGGGGAGGAGCGUUGCGUGACGACACUAAAAACGGCUGUGUAGCAGACUAGCAACCUGUGGGCUUAGAAAAAACAAUUACAGGGCUUUCAUUUGCAGAAUAGGCGAUUUUAAGGCUUAAAAACAGAUACAAAUGCGUCGGUUCUACGCAUAUAUUGCAAGUGAGUGCACCCUAUGGUGCCCUAUAUAGUGUGACCCCUGUCACUCUCUUCAGUACUAUGGAGAGACUGACAGGGGUCACACAAAAACAGCCAAAAAAACCGACUACAUCGAUGAAUUCACACCAAAAAAAACACAGAAAGACAUCAAAGUUAAGUCUCCUUUAUUUAUUUUAUAGCAAAAAGUGAAAACACUGAUAUUUGGCCUUCGCAGACCUCAGUAAUUUAUUUCUCAUACAAAGUCUCAACGGUCGCUUAAAACGCGACACCGACUCUCUUGAAAGAAAGUUAAAUUUGCAUAACGCACUCAUAACGUGAGCUUGGGAUGCCUGUGAUGAAUCCUUGUCUAGGAUAGAUUCAUCGGUUCAUUUAUAAAAGUUAUGGUGGGGGGUGGGGAAUUUUUGAGCCACAGGAAUUUUUUUUCGUUAUCAAAUUCCUUGUGUGAAUUGUUUUUAGGCCGUGGCAUGAAUAUCUUUUAGGGUUAAUUUUCGUGCAUGAAUUUUUUUUCCUUUAAUUUUGCCUUGCGCGAAUAUUUUUUUUGUACUUCGCCCGCCCCCACCCCCGUUAUAAGUUUUCUAAUGGUCCGUCCCUUAAUCUACCAUCCAUCAUCCCCUGGGAUCAUCCCAAAGGAACGCACCCCAAGUAAGUCUAAUUAAUUACUACUUGCCUUUUUCUUGUCUUCCUUUUAGCAUUUUUUUCCGUAACAAUGUUAUUGCAAUUAGGUGUAAGUCCUGGUGCUCUUUCUAUUAUUUGAAAAUAAGAAUUCAUUCGCAUGAGUAUGAACUGGUUUUUAUAUGCUGAGCUGCGCACAAGCCAUCGCUUUAAAAAGAAGGUUUAGCAUGCUCUGAAACUGUUUCAGUUUCAGUUUAGUUUCAAGGCAUUUUUUUUCCAGAAAAAAAUACAUAUGCAUACAGACAUUCAAUAUAUUACAAAAAUGUUAUUUAAAGAUUAAAGAGACGUAAAUUCCAAGUAAAAGAAUUUUAAAAAAUUAAAUGUUCUGGCGAGGAAGCUCAAAUGGAAACCUUGGGGCUUUUUAUAUGAGCUCCCUCCCUAAACUAAGACUAAAAAUAAUAAAUAAAUAAACGGCAAAAUCAUACUGAAAUAUAAUUAGGAUAAAAAGAAAGCAAAACAAAACGGACAAAACAGACAAAAAGCAGCAAAAAACAAGUAUUAUUUAUAAAUGGUUAAUCAACUAAGAAGAAAUGAUUUCAAUCUGGAUUUAAAAAGAGAGAUAGUAGCAGCAAAAACGAACGUAAAGCAUUUUUUUCUCUUUGAUUGUCAACUCGUAAGUAUAUGGUACAAACUGACCCAGACAUAAUUUAGCCCAUUUUUUGAACAUGUGUAUAACUGUUAAGACUUCCUGGCUGCGAUGAGACGAUUGUAGUAGAUUAAUAAUUUACUGACCCUAUGAGAGCGUCAGUUAAACCUCUGGCAAUUGAUUAAACUUGGCCUUUUUUAAUCAAUUUGAAUCUUUGUUCUACAGAUGUAUCGAUCAAGAAUCGGUUAAUAAACUUUGUAUCACUGAUCAUGACAGUUUAGCUCGUUUUCUAAAAACCAGACAAUUGUGCUAUUUGUUUUGCCAAUUGUACGGCAGCAACAAGAUUGCCAAUAACUCCGGCGUUUAAUAAAAUGAAAAUACGGCCCACCGCAUAUCUAACUGGUCUUCGACAUGAUGAAGCUAUCACUUAAGGAAAACAGAUAUAUUAGAAAAAGGUUCGCAUGAACGUAGUUGCUCCGGAGAAAAUUCAUGGUAAUGACAAACUACCAAACAAUUAGAGAACUGUAUUGUUCUGCAAAAUUCACUUGAGAGUCGAGGAGAGGUACAUGGCGAGUUAAUUUUUCUCUCAGACAAAAAAGGACAGCUAAAUAUGGUGGUGAAUGAUGGUGCAAGUUCCGUGUUAAUAUUUUGGGUUCACUAUACUCAAUCGAAAUGAACGUCACCAUAGCGUUUUUAAUUUUAAAUAUUUUACCUUUCAUAUAACAGAUCCGGGAGAUGAUGUGAACGGGGGAAAUAAAGUUUAAAAAGCAAUUCAAUGAAGAUUUAAUCUUGACGUAGUGAAAUAGCAAUUUAAGCAAUUGCAAAUAAACCGCCCAAGAUGUUAAAGUGAUAGCCCACAAUUAACAUGUUUGGGGAUAUACUCGGUUAAGACUUCCUCUUCUAAAGAAAAUAUGGCCAAUUUAGUGCUGGUAUCCAUGUGAACGUCAGUCAAAAGUUGAAGAAAAACGGCACAAGCAAUUUGAAGCUACAAAAUACAGAAACACUUUGAUAUAAGCCCCACCAGUAACAGGUUCGCCAAUAUAUUCUCCCCUCUAACUUGCACUGAAAUGAAUUUGAUUUAUUAUGAUAUUUUGAAGCUUUUACCAGUAACUGCAAAACACAUUUAAAUCAGCACUGCGUUAGCUUGUUUCGAACAGCUUUUUCCAAUUCCGUUAUAAUACCCCUCGGAUAUAAGCCCCUCCGUUUAAUUUAUCAAGAGCCCUUCUAAAAACCCCUUAGAAAGAUGUAUAAUCCCAGGGUUUUUAAGCGGCAGUUUACGGCACCGCAUAUCAUUAUGUUUGGCUCACAAACUUAACACCUCCGUUAGCAAAAUUUUCUCGUUUUUUACUAAAACUGCUGAUUGCUCGCAGCUAAUCGUCGAAUUCAAUUCUUUUUUUCAUGAUUUUUAUAUGAUAAAAACAGGUUACAUUCUAAUUUCCUAAGCUCGAACGAACGUUUUAUUUUCUUUAAUUCCCACCUCGUAAAUGGCCCAGACUUUCGAGCCCAUUAUUUGAACAUUUGUACAUUGUUACUGAGACCUCACUGCCUGCGAUGACAUUAUAAGCGCGUCAGUUUAACUUCUAGCAAUUGACGAAAACCGUUUUUUACUCAAUUUGAAUAUAUGCUUAACAGAACUAUCGAUCAAGACUUGGUUAAUAUACUUUUAUUACUAACAGUUUAACUCGUUUUCUAAGAGCCAGGCAAUUGUGCUACUUGCUCGCUAAUCAACAACAACAACAGCAACAACAUCUUUAUUUCUUACAUUAAAUAUACAAAUAUCACACCACCUGCAAAUAGCAAGGCUAAUCGAGGCAGGUGGUGUGUAGACGGCUUAAGAUUUAUUACGAAUAGUUGAAGUGAAAAAGUACCAUAUUUAUAAUAAAAAAGGUCAGUCACGAGAGAAAUUGAGAUAAGAAAAUCGAGGCAGCUAUUUAGAUAAGCGGGGGCUAAUAUUUUUUAAAAUCGGAGAUUAUCGUGUUUAGGUCAGCAUAUCUAUCAUGAACUUCAAAUAUUUUUAACAGAAUUGUAUGAACUUUUUCCUUAAAGAGAGAUUUUGAAGAAUUUCGUAAAUUUUCAGGUAUACUAUUCCAAAUUUUGGCUCCCAUAAUAGAAAACGAAUCAUUUUUCUAAUUUAGUCUAGAGUGGCUAAUGUAAUAAUUUCCAGAAGAGGAGGAGCGAGUGCUGUAAGAGUGGAUUUGUUGAGUAGGAGUAAAGAGAUGUGAAAUAUUAUGACGGGCAGUGUUAUUGUAAACAUCAAACAUUAACAUCGAAGAAAGCUUGAAAUAGAGCAUUGUAAUAGGCAUAAUAUUAGAGUGAAGAAAGUAAGGGACGGCAUGAGAGCGGAAAGGUGCGAAGUUAUCGCACGGCAACACAAAGGCAACACCAAGAUCGUCUAAUUCCAUCGUUUAAUAAACUGAAAAUACAGAGCAAAUAUUUAAUUGUUUGCUGACAAGGUGCAUGUAGCAGUCAUAUAAGGAGGACAGAUAUAUUAAAAAAGAGUUCAGUUGACUGUAGCCGCAUCGCAGAAAAGUCAUGGAAACGAAAAACUUUACUGGAGAUGAAAACCUGCGAACAGUUGCUGAAGAACUUUCGUGCUCUGCGGAACUUACUGGAGAGGUACAUGGCGAGCUCGUUUUUCUCUCUGUCAUUAACACUAUUUUGUCAAUUACAGCAUUUUUGGGGAAUACUCUGAUCCUAGUUGCUUUUCGCAAGGACACAUCAAUUCAUCCGUCAUCCAGACUCCUGUAUCGUAACCUAGCGAUAACUGAUCUUUGCGUUGGUAUCAUUCUCGAGCCUGUACUGGUUGCUCAAUGCAUAUCUGUGGUGAACAGAAGAUGGGCUAUUUGCUAUUACGCAUAUUUGACAGGAUAUUUCGCAGGUGUUACUUUGUGUUCAGUGUCGUUGAUAACACUGACUGCAAUAAGCGUGGACAGACUUCUCGCUUUGCUACUGGGUCUCAGAUACAGACAAGUUGUAGCUUUGAAAAGAACUCGUUUUAUUGCUGUUGGUGGUUGGAUUGUGUCCGUUGUCGGUGCAUCUACAUUCUUUCUGAAUCUUCUUAUAUUUUCAUUGUAUCAAUAUAUUUUUAUAGCUUUUUGUUUAGUCACUACAAUCUGUGCCUACACAAAAAUCUUCAUGUCUCUGCCUCAUAACCAAAUUCGUGGUCAGAACCAUGUUGUUCAAGGGCAAUCGAGCCAAGUAAAUACACUGAAUAUAGCUCGAUACAGAAAGGCAGUGUACAGUGCACUGUGGGUGCAGGUAACAUUGGUUAUUUGUUAUCUGCCGUACAUUAUAGCUGAAGCUUUAGCACCUCAAAGGGGGAUGCCUUUAUCUACUUACCUUCCCAGGGCAUUUACAGUUACUUUAGUGAAUUUAAACUCGUCGUUAAACCCGUUUCUGUACUGCUGGAAGAUCACAGAAGUGAGACAAGCUGUGAAAGAAACAUUACAACAACUACACUUCUGUACCUGA